AUGGUAAAAGUGAUGCUGCACAUAUACGAUGUGACCAAUGGGUCGGAGAGCAAGAAGAGAACCAUUGUUGGCAUCAACAACGUCUUAUAUGGCACUAUUGGUCUCGGUGGUAUAUUCCACAGCGCGGUUCAGGUUUAUGGAGAUGAUGAAUGGUCAUUUGGAUUCUGUGAGGGAGGAGAUACUGGAGUUUUUAGAUGCCCUGCGGGAAAGAACACGAUGUAUAAAUAUCGCAAAUCAUUUGUUCUAGGGGAUACUAACUUCAACUUUUUCCAGGUAAUAGAAAUGUUAACUCAACUUAGUAGAGAAUGGCGUGGAGAUUCCUAUGACCCCUUGUCCAAAAACUGCAACCACUUCUGUGAUGAAUUCUGUGCAAGGCUGGGUGUGGAAAAACUUCCUGGCUGGGUUAAUAGGUUUGCUAACGCUGGUGAUGUUACUAGGGAAAGGGUUGAGAAUGCAGCAUUACGGUUCCGGAAAGCCAAAACAAAUAUUGUAUCAGCAAGCAAAGUUGCAUACCGGUUCCUCUUUGGCGGUUUUACAAAAAAUAAUGUUAAAACUGAUCUGGAUUCUUCCCCUAGAAAAUCCAAUAGAGGAGGAGGAUCUCCUAGAGUUCAAGCUGUUUUGUUGAAAAGCCUUAUUAGCCGCACCAAACCAUUCAGGUGUUUAAGCUCUAGCUGGAAACGGAGUGAGCUUGAGCCUCAACAACAAACACGAAACAAAAUAUGA